AUGAGCACUCAAGUCCUCAGAUCUCAAACGAAAACUGCAUUACUGACGAUUCCCUUCGAGGAAAGCGGCGGUGAUGUGUACGUUCCGACAACGGCGAGCACUGGAGCAUUAACUGCACUGGUGCUUAUAUCUUAUACUAAAAGGAGAAUUGCCCUGACACCUCCCUUGCAUGUUGACACCAAACACAUCAAAAGCCAGGAUAGCGCUGCUGGCAAUCAAACAGAUAAUGGGGACUCUUCCUCGUUUGUCUCUGAACUUACCACCACAAUGGGAUCGGCCAGCAAUGCAGAGCUGGUUGAUCUCCACCUGUCCGUCAGCCAUGGAGGAGGAUCCUCAGUAUAUGAGGUGGCUCUUUCUCAAAUCAAGGAGGAAGACGAAGAGCACAGGAAGAAUCUCCGCAAUGUCCGACAACAACGCAAUUGGGAACUGUCCCAGAUAUGGGAUGUGUUCCAAGAGCAAAUCUCCGAUGUAGGCGGUAUGGUUGAGAAGGUGAAUACUGAGUUUGAGGAUUUCAUUACUGAAACCUGCAACGAACUCAAUAGAUACCAUGCCAAGUUUACCAAGGCUGUCAAGGGGUCCAAGCAGAGCCUUGACAUUUUCGGAUGGCCAACGGAGAGUCCCUUGAUGAAGCUGCCCAAGCUAUAG